GUAUAUUAUAUUAAAUGGUGUGGAAAUAUUAAAUUUUCUGCAAAUUUAUUGUGUGGUAUUAUUCUAUGCAUUGUGUUUGCAUAUCUGUUAUCUAAACGUAUUCAAAAUGCAUUAUUUGCAAGUGUAAUUAAUAAUUUGUUGCUUAUUAAUUCAUUGUUUAAAUUCUUAAGAUCAAGGGAAGUUUUCCUUUUCGUAUUCAUUUUUAAUGGACAAUGUACUGAACAGUAAAAAAAUAGCAAAUUAGGCUAUUUUUGGUCCAAAACGCGUAACUUUGUUGAUUAACAACACAAAUAGGUUUGCAUGGAUAUUCAGAUUAGGGACUGAACUAGACUUAUACACUGUAGAAAACCUCUAUGGCAUUCAACGGAAAAAUUAUAGUUAGCUAUAUCGUUGUAUCAGGCCGCUCAGGCGUCGGUGGUUAAUAGACUAAUAGUCUGGUUGGUUACUUGGCUAAUAGGUUUAUUGGUUAGGUUGGUUCAUUGGUUAUAUCGGUUUAUUGGUUAGGUUGGUUCAUUGGUUAGGCUCCUCAACUCGGACACAGAAGUCUCCAAUAAUCAUUAAGUAGAUAUAUUUCAAACCUAUAAUAAAUCAUAGGUGUUAAACAUGAAUGACAAUGAUUUCAUAUAAUUAAAAUGUUGGGUAAAAUAGUUUACUAGUCAAAAACAAAUUCAUUCAAAAGUUUCCAUUUCUGAAGAUUGAAAUUGUGUUCUAAACCUGGAGGAGGGUUCAAACAAUACAAAAAUAUUCAAAAAGUUUCAACCACGUUCUCAAACAGCACAGAGGCGGACUAGUGGAGUAGCCUUGGAUCAACUUGAUAUUAAUGGGUUGAAGGGUAUGGAACUUCAGGAGGUUCCAGUCCACGGACGAUCUGGAGUCCCUGGACCGUCAGGAGUCCCUGGACCCCUAAUCCCUGGCUCUAAUGUAUGGCCUGAGGCUGAAGCAAUCCAAACUGAAAGUCCGUAUACUCCCAGUCAAAGUGACGAGACAUUUACCAAUUCAACAAGGUCUAGGAAUGUCUAUACAAAACAUCAUCCGGCAGCUUUAAAGAGUAAUUUUAAAGCUGUAGUCGGAUACUCGAUGAGCCAAUCAAGCCUUUUUGAUAGGAUUGGACAGAUUGAUCCUGAAAAAUACUCUAAGAGUAACAACGAAAAUACAAGACCCAGCACUUCACUUUGCUACAAACGAAUUCGACCGAUAAAAGAUAGUUCUGGGAGUGAAACCAUGAGACGAGCCCGCUCUGCAAUGACAAGGGAAGGAGGAUCUAAAAUAACACGAAAUAUAGAUCUAGAAGGAUCUGAGAGACCUGAGCGUAGUACUAGUCUACCUAGUUCAGAUUUCCCUUCACAUCAGGAUUUUGUUGUGAACAAGAGUAUGAAGGAAUACCUACAAGAGGCAAAUAUAAACCCUUACAGUAGUGAGGGAAGGUCGGAUAUAUAUUGUAGAUUUGUUCUGGACUAUCCGGAGAAAAAGAUAGAGAUAAAGAAGAAGCUUGAACAGAUUGAAAUGACUAACCCUGUAACCCCGAUCCUUCAUUCUACUCUUCUUGGAUUCUGUUGUAUUCUCCUAUCUAUGGGCUGUAGGGAGGCCGAGGACUGUUUUGUAAAUCAAGUUUGGAAAGGAUAUUUAGAACUUGUUAUUAUUCUACUUCAUAGUCUGGCUUUCUUAGUUGUUAUUAAUCCAAUAAAAAAACUCAAAUACAGUAUUGUUCUCAGACGGAGGAAUAUGAACAGAAGACCCUAAACCUAAACAUUUUUAUAUAAGUGUCUGUCUUUUCAAGUAAUAAAUAUUAACUAUUUUUA